AUGGCGAUGCUGGUGGGUUCUGUGGCUGUUGCACUGGCAAGCCCUAUUGCAAGCCCAGGGCCGCCGAAGCCGAAAGAUGAUAAUGAAGACGUGGGGAUGAAUGUUGCCAAAGUUGGGAGAUGUCCGACUGACUGCUGGAACGAGGCCGCUGCAAAGGCGGGCUGUGAUCCCAAUACGAGCGACGAUUGCUUAUGCGGUCCAUUCUUCAAUGCCGUGACUUACUGCACAGCGCAGACAUGUAAUGCGGGUGACAAUCUGGCCGCGAAGUCGGAGGGAUCCAUCGGAGAGGCGCAUGAGGACGUUCGAUGGAAGUAUAGAUACCCAGAGCACAUUAAUGAAUCGCCUUAUCAUACACGAAUGUAUUUGCGUUCUACUGUUAUUGAGCCGGCACCCUACUGGAAAGCUUCGCUUGCGCACAUUGUUAGUGGUGUUGAGUAUCGGAGGUGCUUAGGUACAUCGGCCGCGGCUGGUCAGAUGUGGCCAGAUGCCGUAGCUCAGAGACCGGAUACGAAGGUGAGGCUUGCCGGUGGACUCGGUGUUCGUCGGGAGAACAGCUCGGGAAGAUCUUGA